AUGACUUCGCCAAAAAUUCAAAAGGAUAUUGUGAGUUCUUGUGCACAAGAGACCGUGAAAGCUAUAAUUGAUGACUUGGGUGGAGAUUAUUUUGGGAUAUUAGCUGAUGAGUCCAAGGAUAUUUCACACCAUGAACAAAUGGCCUUUGCUUUGCGGUAUGUUGACAAAAAAGGCCAAGUGAACGAGCCAUUUAUUAGUCUUGUUCGUGUUAGUGAUACAUCUGCAAAGUCGUUGAAAGAAGCAGAGGUUGAGACUUUCUUUGCUAUUGUUACUAAUGUGUGGAAUAUAGUUGGAGUUUCUUUUAAGCGUAGAGAUCAACUUCAGGAUCAUCAAGCAGAAUUGUUGGAGCAAUUGUUAGAGAGUGGUGAAGUUCAAAGUGGGAAAGGAUUAAAUCAAGAGCGGGGGCUUCAAAGGCCAGGUGACACUCGUUGGGGAUCACAUUGUAAAACAUUGGAUGACUUUGUUAUUUUAUUUUCUUCUAUUGUUCAUGUGCUUGGGGUGAUUGAAUGUGAAGGUGAUGUUAAUGAUAGGUUGCAAGCAGAAGCUUUUUCGAGUAAAAUUAAAGCAUUUGAAUUUGUUUUCUUGCUUCACUUAAUGUUGAAAGUGUUGAUAAUGUCAAACGAGUUGAGCAAAGCAUUACAGAAGAAAGAUCAAGAUAUUGUCAAUGCCAUGGUAUUUCUUGAUAUCACAAAGGAAAGGUUGCAAGAAAUGAGAGAUAAAGGAUGGGAACCAUUGAUGAAUGAAGUAUAUUUAUUUUGUGCAAAACAUGAUAUUUUGGUGCCCAAGAUGGAAGAAUUCUAUAUUCCUGGAAAGUCGAAGCGUAGGCCUUCUAGUGUUACUUAUUCACAUCACUUACGUGUUGAGCUUUUUUAUGCCGUGAUUGAUUUGCAACUUCUGGAGCUUAAUAGUCGUUUUGAUGUUGUGAGUAGUAACCUGCUUCUUGGUAUGGCUAGCUUGAAUCCGGCUAACUCAUUUGCUAAUUUUGAUAAGGAAAGAAUAAUGACAUUGGCCAAGCAUUAUCCCGAUGAGUUUGGUGAAUUGAAGCUUCGAGAUCUUAGUCGCCAACUUGACACUUUCAUAUGGCAUAUGCAACAUGGUGACCCUAGGUUCUCUGAUUUGAAAGGACUUAUAUUGGUGAUUUGGCGAAAGCAUUGGUUGAGACAAAUCAUGUGGAGACUUAUUCACUUGUUUAUUUGCUUGUGA